CUCCCACCCUGGGAGAAGCUUUCUACCCUGUCUUUCCUUCUGGGACCACCUUCCUCCAGCUAUUCCCUUUCUCUGUGUGUGCUUAGAACACAAUGUACAAAUGGGUGUUCCAACUCUCUAAUUCCAUUUUGGAAGUAAAAAUCUGAAGACGUGACAGUAACUGGGAAAAUACUGUAAUUUAGAAACAUCUUUUUUAUUGAAUAUCUGUACUAAGAGAACUUAAAAGUUUGUAGCCAACUUUUUAGCAUGAGUUGAUCACAUAAAUCCUACUGAUGUUAUGUUUCUUGGUAAUGUUAUUAUUAGCCACUAGAUUGUACAGAGGCAUGUUCCACAGCUUCUGUUUUCUCCCUCUUUCCAUGAAGAUCUGCGAUCAGUCAGAAGGAUAGUUCUUCUUGCAAUAGUUUGCUGUACAGAAUUUGAUGCUUUCUCCUGCUGUUUAAACAGUUACAUUUUCAUUUUCCUAUCAUUUUCAUUUUGUGUAUGUUAGGUGGAUUGCAAAGAUUUCCAAAAGCAUGGGUUAGGGUCUACUGGUAGCCCACAUACGUCUUUCUGAUAAGUAUUUCUUAUCUACUAGGAUGAAUGCAAGAACAAAGAUGAGAGAGUCAACAUGACUUACAAAUUCUUGCACUGAAAAUAAAGAAAAUAAGGACUUCCCUUGUAUUGGCAUGUACGCUACUAAGAAAUUACCUAUAGCUGACACACAGUUCAUAAUCAUACUCAUCCACAAAUGAGAGUCUUUACAGCUACUGCCAUACUGUAUUCUGAGUUCUAUUUCCACCACCGGAACACCCUGUCGAGAUUCUCAAGGUCCAUAAAAGACAGUCUUCUUCCUUAAGCAGUGACGUUGGAGCAGAGAUUCCCUGCUUAAUCUGUGGGGCAACUACAUCCCUGGUGUCACACUGCACAAAAGGUUUUCUUUCUUAAAGCCUCAAGUUCUAGUCCACUGUUGGCCCAGCCCGAUUAGCCUAUAAGCUGCUCACAGUAUCUUUGGGAAUUGUUUUUGGUGAGGAUCGAGACAGUUUUUCCCAUGCUUUUGAACACUUCCAGCUGUGAAAGGUUAGAGGAUGGGUAUAACUUGUCAUCCACGCUUCCUAAAACAAAAAUUUUAGUUCUCUUAAAAGGUGACCUUAAUUCCACCAAAAAAAACCCCACGUAAACCAGAGGGAUGUCAUUAAAGGUGAGUGGCAGGACAGGAUAAGCAGCAACAUGGUCUUACUGGCUUGGCAUAAUCUAAAAAAAUAGCAAUGUCUCUGAUCCAGUUUUGAAUUCAGAGAGUGUCGGCUUUUCUCCCAAAAAGAGCCUAGGAAUGGGACAUCCUUGAAAUAACUUGGUUUUCAACUGCAGUGUGCUGUAACAUAUCAUGUGAAAGCACAAAUCCACUAACUAGUAAAAUGAGGGAUUAUUUCCAUUGCUCAUCUGCUGGCAGAGAUUUCUCUAAAUUGGAUCACGCUGAUUAGUAUUAGAAUGACGCAUUGUAGAUCCAGCUUUAAUCAUUUGAAACCUUGAAGCUGUUUCUCCUUUGCAUGGAAGGGACCACUAGAAAUAGUUGCAUGUGCUAUUUGCCAAUAAUCCUUUUUUUAUUUAUUGUGAAAUUUGUUGAUUCUUGCCCCUUGGAAAACCCACCCACGUUUCUCCUCCUUCAGGAUCGGCAAGAUGGAGGGGCCAAACCAUGGCUCAGUUAGAGCAACGCCAUUUGGAAUCUUCAAGGCCUGAAUGGUGGCAGAUCUUCCUGAAGUUGUCCUCUUUUCCAAAACAGGAUUAAUUUUUGUGAAGUCUUGGUGAGCCUAACACUCCAAAGAUGGCUGUGAUGAAAGUCAAGUUCAACCAGAAGAAAAGAGUAAAACUAGCGCAAGGACUAUGGCUCAUGAACUGGUUCUCCUUGUUUGCUGGGAUCGUUGUCUUCUCUAUGGGAUUGUUCCUGAAAAUUGAGCUCAGGAAACGAAGUGAAGUGAUGGACAACUCUGAAAGCCACUUUGUGCCGAAUUCCUUGAUCUUGGUGGGUCUCCUAGCCUCUGUGUUCAAUGGUCUUGCAGGCAAGAUCUGUUACGAUUCUCUGGAUCCUGCUAAAUUUGCAAAGUGGAAGCCUAUCUUGAAAGUGUACCUAGUGUUGUGUGUGCUCUUUAACCUCUUCAUUCUCUUCGUGGUUCUCAUUUGCUUUCUGCUGAGGGGUUCUCUGGAUAGUACAUUAGAACAUGGUCUAAAAAAUGGCAUGAAGUUCUAUCGAGAUACAGAUACUCCAGGAAGGUGCUUCAUGAAGAAGACCAUCGACAUGCUCCAGAUUGAGUUCAAAUGUUGUGGAAACAAUGGUUUUAGAGACUGGUUUGAGAUUCAGUGGAUCAGCAACCGAUACUUGGAUUUUGGCUCAAAGGAAGUGAAAGACCGCAUUAAAAGCAACGUGGACGGCAGAUACUUGGUGGAUGGCGUCCCCUUCAGCUGCUGCAACCCGAGUUCGCCACGACCUUGCAUCCAGUACCAGGUCUCUAACAACUCAGCUCACUACAGCUAUGACUUUCAAACCGAAGAGCUCAAUCUAUGGAACCGCGGCUGCAGGGAGGCUCUGCUUAAAUACUACAGCAGCAUGAUGAGCUCCAUGGGAGUCAUCGUCCUCUUUGUCUGGCUCUUUGAGAUGUCGGUGAUGAUAGGGUUGCGGCUGUUGCAUACUUCCCUGGAGAGCAUUGCCAAUCCAGAAGAUCCAGAAUGUGAGAGCGAAGGAUGGGUGCUGGAGAAGAGCCUGAAAGACACUUUCAAAUCCACCUUGGAAAAUUUGAAAAAUAUUGGUAAGAUGAAUCAAGUGGAUGCAGGCGCAGAAGGGGCAGAAGGCGACGGCGCAAAAACCCAAGCUGUCUCAACUGUCAGUUGAGUUUAUUGGCUAAAAAGACUGUUACCAAAGACUGAGAUUUGUGAAUAUUUGGUUUUUUAAAAGGUACAAGCUGUCGCAGCUAUAUAUAUAUAUAUAUGCAUGCACAAAACAUACACUUUUUACAUACGGAGAGAACAGUAUAAAGCACUUUGUGGAUAAUAAAAGCAUCCUUACAGUAGACAGCCAAAACCACCUCUAUGGGAAAUGCUAUAACGUGAAGUUUAAAGCAGAUACUUUCUAGGGUAAUUCUAUUUUUGAGGCAAGUGAUAUUUCAUAAGAAAUUCGGUGUGAAUAAGUGGUCAACACUAUCUUGUGUUUCGCCUCCCAUCACCGGAAACCGAAUGGGGAAGUUUAAAGCUAAUUAUUUUUGUACUUAAGUUUACAAAUAUAUUUGUAAAAACAACAACAAUAGUAUACUUUUCUGGGGGGUAGUCAAAGCACUGCUCUGAAUGUUCUUGCUAAAGCAAAAGAAUAUUCAGUUGUCCAAGUAAUGGAAAGACAUAGAGAAUGGUAUGAGUUCAUAAUAGCCUCUAAUUUUUUGGAUAAACGCAGGUGUUGUUUGAAGUUGUUACGGAAAGGACUACCUUCUGCCAUGUUCACAUGAUGCGCAAAAACAGAGAGUAAAAUUGUACUGGAUUUCUGUGCACUGAACACCAAUUUGUCAUUUGAUAAAAAUAAGAUCACACUGGUUUGAACAGCAGAUAAGCUAUAGCCCAAGCUGCCAGCGAUUGCUCAGGUGCUGUGAUGCCAAUACGUCAUUCAUUCAUUUGGUAGGUAUUUCUGUAUUUCAACUACUUCAGAGUUUUAGGCUCACUUUGUUUUAACAUACACACCAACUACAAUAAAUCGGACAUGAGAAUUCUGCUGUUUCCUGGGAAGUAAUCAUGGCAACCAACUUGUAGCGGUUUGGUUGUCAAAGGAAAAAUAUUGCCGCAAAUCAGCACUUGGGUGUGAGCCUUUCCCCCUCCUAUUAAUAGGCACAAGCUAAUAAUCGAAGCAAGUUCAACAUUUUUAUUCAACAAAUUGGAACCAAUGCAGAAAAAGUUGGAUUUUCUGCAGCUUACGGAAGACAUCAUUGGCUCAAUGACCUUGUUGGCUCAGUGCACUGUGAAUCCAAACACAUUUUUCUGCAUGACUGUAUAUUACUUUUACUGUUACUCUAAAAGUGGUGAUCAGAUAGCAAAUACUUUUUAAAUUUUAGAAGCUGGAAUGAAGCAUUGGAAAGAGCUUGCUGCGUAAAGAGAUUUUUAUCUUUGUUCUAUAUGAAGUUUUCUUUAAUUAUUUGUACAUACAUGUAUUUGCCAGGCAAGCCUUUCCUGAGUGAAAGCAAAAAGCAGUUAGCUAGCUUCAGCAGAUUCCUAGGUGCUGUGAACAAACACAGUUGGACCUGGUACUUUGUCCAAAAGACUUGACCAUCUUCAGUAAGUGACAGAAGAAAGGGAUGGGUGAUUGAGAAGAGAUUUUGAGUAGUGUACAUGUGUGUGAACUUGUGGGGUAAGGUAGUUCAAGGAAGGUCGUUCUGGAAAAAGAGAAGGCCAGGAGGGACUUGCAGAAGAAUGCAUAGAUAGCAUAUGAAGCUGCCUUAGCCCAAGUC